AUGGCACGUAGGACAGUUUACGAUCAGGCGACCACCGGCUUCGCCGGUGGGAAUUCCCCCAUCACCCUUCCAGAAAUCCCGAACGAUCGGUCUUGGCAGAUUCCAUCCUACAUUAUGACCGCCAUCACAAAUUCUUGCCAGUUCCAUGGUCGUGACGACGAGGAUGCCCCCGCUCAUAUCAAUCGCAUCACUCGUCUCUGCAGCACCUUCUCCAUUGAGGGUGUCAAUCUUGAUGCUAGGUAUCUUCAGGUUUUUCCGUUCUCACUCGCUGGACGCGUAGCCGUCUGGUUCGAUUCCCAGCCAGCUGGCACUUUCACUACUUGGGCAGGUCUUCGCGAUGCAUUCUCAGCCAAGUAUUUUCCGCCAGCCAAGGCGUCUCGCCUUCGUGACCAGAUUCACUCAUUUCGUAUGGAGCCGGAUGAGCCGUAUCACUUAGCUUGGGAGCGUUUUCAGACCUUGAUAUCCCGUUGUUCUCAGCAUGGUCUAUCCGAUCGGGCGUUAGUAGAGAAAUUCUACAAUGGUCUUACUCCUGAGAUUAGAGCUCGCUUCGAUACUUCAGCAGGAGGUCAGCUUAUGGGAAAGAAGACGGUGGCUGAGUGCAAUGAUUUGUUUGAGAGUUUUACCCACUCCGAUAUGGACUACAGUACUACCAGCAGGACUUCCAUUCCUGUGCAUACCACCUCGGCCGGUCGAGGGGUAAACCAAGUUAGCUUGGAUCCAUCGGUAGCUGCUGUAGUCGAGAGUUUGAGGCAGGAGAUGAGGCAGGAGUUGAGUGAGAUAAAGAAGAAAGUUGAUAGGUGUGAGGUUUGCCGAGGAGGUCAUGAUACUAUCGAUUGUCCUACACUUACUCUUGAGCAGGUAGAGUAUAUAGCCGGUCAGUCUAGGGGUCCCAGGAAUCCGUUCAAUAAUUCUAAUUCCAGAUGGCACGCUAGUGGUAAUUCGAGUGGUUAUCGUUCGUCUGGAAAUCCUCCUGGAUUUCCAUCUGGUCAGUAUCAGAGUAGAGGGCCCGGUAUUUACACGAGUUCUGGUUCAGGGCAGUUUAGUGGGUCAGGUUCGAGUGGGCAGUUUGCGAGUGGAGGAGCGGCUCAGGAGAGUCAGGAUAGUGGGAAGGCUUCCGAGGGUAGUCUGAGCAGGUUAGAGGAGAUGUUCGCUCAGAUGAUGACGCAGAAUCAGGCGUUCUUUAAAAGUCAGGAGCAGACUAAUAAGAAUCACGAGCUCCAGCUCAAGAGUCAGCAGGCCGCCCUUCUUGAUCUUCAGCGAACAGUAGGCGGACUUACUAAGCAGUUGCAGGAGCACCCGCCGGGUCAGUUUUCGGGAAACACCUUCACGAAUCCCGCGAAUCAGUCAGCGAAGGCGAUUACGACCCGUAGUGGGAAGAGUUUGGGAGAGGUAGUGAGAGAGAGAGUUGAGGAAGAGAACGAGGAAGAAGUUGAUGAGGAGAUCGAGAUGGAGGCUCCAGGCAAGCAGCAGAAAUAUGCUCAGGAAUACGGGAAAUUCCUCGAGAUGUUUACACAGUUGAAAAUCAAUCUUCCGUUCAUCGAGGCGCUUCAGUCUAUGCCUAAGUAUGCGAAAUUUCUCAAAGAUCUUUUGAAGCAUAAGGAGAGAAUCGGUGAGCUUUUGAAUAUUCCGUUAACAGGAGGUUGUUCCGUGGUAGUCUUGAAUAAGCUACCAGAGAAAUUGACCGACCCUGGUACUUUCACGAUUCCAUGUUUCUUUGGGGGAGCCGUUACCCCUGCUCACGCCUUAGCCGAUUUAGGGGCCAGCAUCAAUCUGAUGCCAUUUUCGUUGUAUGAGCGACUUGGUCUAGGAGACCUUACACCCACACGCAUGUCAUUGUCCUUGGCUGACCGAUCAGUCAAGUAUCCUCGUGGGAUAGUAGAGAAUUUAUUGGUGAAGGUUGAUAGGUUCGUAUUCCCAGUGGAUUUCGUUGCGCUCGACAUGGAGGCCGAUGAGAGAGUUCCCAUUAUUCUGGGCCGUCCAUUCCUUCGAACCGCAAAGGCGAUCAUCGACGUCUUUGACGGUAAGAUUUCUCUUCGUGCGGGUGACGAGAUUGUCACAUUCGAGAUUGAUAGAGCGAUGCAGCAUCCUAGCGGUCGUGAUGAUGAUAGUGGGCCGUGUCAUUCCGUUUACUUUCUCAAUUCAUUCAUAUCUUGCGUCGACACAUGUCUUGAGUACAUCUGA